AUGUACCAUAUGAAAACUAUUGUACCUACUGAUGAUAAUAUCACGCUGCCACAGUGCAUAUAUUACCUAAAAAAUCCAAACAAUUAUUUGAGAGUCGAAGAAACGGAUAUCAAUAUUAGUGAUCAGGUUAAGAGGUUUCUUAAGGAAUCACCAAACAAAACAAUGGUAGAAUUGGAACAUCGACAAACCCAGUUGCUGCAAAAGUUGGAUGUGCUUUACGAGAGAAUUAAAGCAAUUAGUAACUUAUGUGCAUUGGAUAUUCCAUCAAAAACUGGCCUAGUGAAAGUCGAAACUUUAGCUAAUGCCAAGGAAAUUGUUAUUGUAUUAAAUCCUGAAAUUGUACCCUGUUUUAUGAACAUAUUUUUAAAAGCAAAGCGUGCUUUGAACUUAUCAUGGCACAUUCAUUCAUCUGUUCCAAAUAAAAAGGCUUUAAAAUUAAAGGAAUAUUUCAACAAUAAAAAAGAUUUAUACCAAGUGGUGCCUAACGCUGAAAUAAAUAUAAGACUAAUAUUUAAAUGUGUUUCAGCUUCGGCAGAGUUAAGAGUAUCAUCAUUGGAAGUGCCUUUACUGGUCUAC